AUGAAGAGGUUCAAGAAGAUGCUGAUAACACCAAUGUCAGUUACAAAUGUUGUGGAUUUAGAUGAGUACUCUGACAAUGAAUUGCUUGCUACUGUGAACCCGAGUGUAGCCGAAAGGCUCAUGACCAGGAGAAAAGACAAAGCUGUAAUUCAGAAUUCUCCUGUGAAGAAAGUUGUGGUUAAAAGGCCUUCCAAAGAGUUCGUCAGGAAGAAGAGUACCUCUGCAGGACCUGUAAAAAGUAGAACUAAAAGUAUUGGAGUUGGUCCCUCAAAAUCUUGGAUCAAGGUUGUUUCAAAGAAAAGGAAGGCAAGAGCUGUUGAAGAAUCAGAGUCUGAUGUUGAAGUGAAUGUCCAUGACAUUCCAUUAAAGAAGAAGCCCACAACUAGCAAGCUUGCUGCGAGUGUUCCUGAAGUUCCCAUUGACAAUGUAUCCUUCCAUUUUGAUGCAAGUGCAAACAGGUGGAAAUUUGUGCAUCAAAAGAGACUGGCCCUUGAGAGGGAAUUGGCUCAAAAUGCGCGUGAUUGUAAGGACAUAAUGGACUUGAUUGAGGCUGCUGGCCUAAUCAAAAUUGUUGUCCAUCUGAGUAAAUGCUAUGAAACGCUAGUCAAAGAGUUCAUAGUAAACCUCUCUGAAGAGUGUACUGACAAAAGAUCUAGGGAAUUCAGAAAAGUGUUUCUAAGAGGAAAAUGUGUUAACUUCUCGUCCACUGUGAUUAACAACCUAUUGCGAUGGUCUGAUGAAGCUCAACCUGAGCUUAAAGUCUCUGAGAACAAGGUAUGUCAAGUUAUCACUGCAAACCAAGUCAGGAGCUGGCCAUUGAAAGGGAAAUUGUUUGCUAGUAAACUAAGCAUGACCUGA